AUGGUGGAUCUGGCAGGUAUGCGAUAAAAAAAGAUUAAGGUUCGAUGUUGACGACACUAGAAUCUACUUCUUAUGCAGCUUCUUACACGUUUUACUUUUGUUGUACGAAGAGGUUUUUAGUACAUGGAAGGAUUUCUCUUGGUGUAGUUUUCAAAUCCAUUUCCUUUUCUCAGGUAGUGAACGUCAAUCAAAAACUGGUGCAACCGGUGACCGAUUAAAGGAAGCGACUAAAAUCAAUCUGAGUUUGUCUGCGUUGGGAAACGUGAUUAGUUCGCUGGUUGACGGGCAUUCGAGUCAUAUCCCAUACCGAGACUCAAAACUGACGAGACUGCUGCAGGAUUCUUUAGGUACCUCCUAGUUCUUUGUACACUGCCUUGAUAUGUAAUUUGUGACUAUCCUACAGGUACAGCUCUUCUAGUCUGGGGCUCUGAGUUUGCGUGUCUUCACGACCUUGGCUACGUGGUCCACCUCUGUCGGGAACCUUGUAAUCAAAUACCCACAUCUACUACCAAAAAUCAAGGUGGUAACACAAAAACGAUGAUGGUUGCGAAUUGUGGUCCUGCUGACUACAACUAUGAAGAGACGCUCUCAACCCUUCGUUACGCUUAUCGGGCGAAGAGCAUCAAGAACAAGCCGAAAAUCAACGAAGACCCGAAGGAUGCGAUGAUUAAGGCUCUUUGUGCGAAGUGUUGGAAUAAAUUUCUUUCACUUCAGUACUUACUAGACGUCCAAUGAUGUAGUGAUUAAAACCUAAUCCAGGACGAGGAGGACGAGCAUAAAUACGCAGUAGAUUGAGUAAAAGAAUCUCGAUCACCUACUCACCUAUACAACACUUGAGAGUCCUACCUCCAUUUCAUCCCACUCCUACUGCACUGUCUAACACCCUCCGUGAGUUUCAGGAUGAAAUUAAGAAAUUGAAGGAGAUGCUGAUGGCGAACUCUGCCCAAGUACAACAGCAGAUGGCGUCAGGAAAUAUAGGGCCAGGAGGCGUAGUAACGAUCGAAAAGGAGGUGGUCAAAGAGGUUGUGAAAGAGGUAUUGAUGAUACAAAUUUUAAACAGUUGGACUUCUUCCUUUUUAUGAAUGUAAUUUUGUUUCCUGUUAGACGUGCUCCACCGGUAUUAAACACAACUUUGCAAACCCGUCUAAGAACGAGGACUGGGUAGAUCAUCAUCAUCGUCAUGCUUCAGCUUCAUCCUGUUUGCAUAAUGAAUAACUUGGCAAAUCAAUGGGAAACCAGUUGCAUUUUUUACAUUUCCUUCAAGUUCAAUCUAUGAUCAUCAUCUUCACCAUCUCCACCGUCUCAUGAUACUACAUCCAUACAUGUUAUACUAGGUAAACAACGAGAACCUGGAAGCGAUCGAGGAGCAACUAAGGAUAGAUAAUGAGCGAGCACGCGACCAGAUGGACGCGGAGAAACGGGCUGUGGCGGAAGCCAGAGAAAUGGCAGAAGCUGAGAGGAAACAGGUCUUGACCGAGCUCCAACAAAAAGAAGAUGCAGUCCGAAAAGCCCAGAAAGUUAGGGCUCCCGCUAAUCCAUAGAGUACUGUGUGGCUGGUGGAUCGAUCCCUUAGAAGUAUCUGCUUAAAAAGCUUAGAGGAAUACGACAGAACGAGCCUCCUCUAUUCUUCACUGAUAGCAUUAAGGGCGGGACAACCACAUGCAUACUGUACAGGGAUCAUGGAUUGGCGGUGGCUCUAAGGAAGACCAAGAGGUGAUGCUGCAGAAACUGAAAUUCAUGGGAGACAAAAUGCUUCAGGGACACGCCGUCAUCGAAAAAGCCAUGGUGCAGGAGAAGGAACUGCGAAGGGCGAAACAAGAAGAAACAGAAAGAAGAGAGGCAGAAUUAAGGGCGAGAGAAGCAGCACAGGCGGAAUUAGAAGCGAAGGAGAUUCUCCAACAGCAGUACGACUCCCAGGAAGAACAGGCGAAUAAGUUGACGAAAAAAUUGGAAACCCUCUGGCAGAAAUACCAGAAAACUAGACAUUAAGGUGGCUUCUACCGUUGGUUGUCGUUCUUCCUGUUGGAGGUUGAUUGUUCUUCCUGCCUCAACACCAUGACCAUCCCUGAUGGCUAGCAUCUUUUUCAAAUGGAAAAAGAAACCAGCAGGUAGGAUGCUGCAACAAGGGAUGCAAACACAGUAAGUAGUUCUAAAGCCGGGAAAUCGAAGAUGUCACACACGAGUUCCAAAAUGACAAAGAGGAUAUGAUGAACACUGUUCGGCAGCUCUAUAAAGAGUUGGAAUACAAGAAAUUGGUGCUAGAAAACUUCGUCCCCCAUGAAGAACAACAGCGCGUCGCAGAUAACUGUGUCUGGCGAGAAGACGACGACGAAUGGGUCAUGGGCGCAGACGACCAUGGCGAAGAUGUCAAGAGGAGGAUAUUGGCAGAAAUGUUAUGCUCGGCCUUGGAGAUCCACUUACUUGUGAUUUUGAUUCAUCUGUGUUCUUCAUCUCCUCGUCUAUUCGUUGUAUGAAUAGGAAUAGGAGUAGGACGAUCGAUGAAUAGUCCUCUGUUAUCAAUCAAUCGUCAGAAAGAUACAGCGUUUUUUAUUGGUCCAAUCCUAAUCGUAAUAUGAUAGGUCUAUAGAUUCGUUGAUAGUCUUACUAUUACCUCGUUUGGGGCACUGGCUGCUAAGCUUUGCCUGCAUUGCAAGGGUCACCGUGAUCAUCUAACCACUUACUGGAAUUUGAUUCUGUGUUCUGCACAAUUUCAUUCACAUUCAUCCUCUUUUUCAUCUAGUAGUUCAUCAUGAUUCUUGUGCUUGACAAGGUAUCUAUAUUAGGUGCAAGUAGUCACUAAAGAGCAUCCUCACACACGACUUGCUCUAACACUCCGACGACCCGAUAGUUGUGUUGGCGCUCCCAGACCUCUGUGCGAGUACGCGCUUCUCAAGAUGGCAGAUAGCGAUCCCCGCUUUCGACAUGACAACCUACUCUUAACCGACCUAGAGAUGCCAGAGCGACAAACCUGUGACUACGACGACGUGAGCCCAUCUCAUGACCCUAAGGUCGAGAAGUUUUUGACUUUGGCCUUUGCAGAUGAAGAUUUUGAGGCAGUGACCACAUUUGGAGGCGACCAGAUAGGGUCUAGUGGGGAGGUGCAAGGGUUUAAGGGAGAUAAUCAACAAUUUCCACAACAGUUUCCACAGGCGAGGGGAUUAGUUGCAUCUCGGGGGUGAGCAAGAGUGGCGUCUAGGGGGUCUAGACAAACUGCUUAGUUGUAAGUAAUACUUCUAGGGGUGGGUUCAACGUUUCCAAUUCCAUUUGACGAGUUCAUGUUAAUGUUUUCCAAUUUCCAUUACUGUAUUUGAUGAGAACCACCUAUUUGGUGAUUGCUUAUGAGUUCUUUUGUCCACAAAUUUUUGUGCUGGCUUCAACCGAUAUUAAUACCAAUGGUUUGACUCAGAUAGAGAGAGUGACCUCAAAUGAGUACUUUUUGGGGAUCUUUGUGAUUUUGUUUUUGCGCAUCUUCUCCACAUAGAAGUAGACCAC